CCAGCGUCCUGCUGCUGCCUGGCAGAGCUCAGAGCGGAGCGGACUGAAAUGAGCAGCUCCGUGUCUCUCACGUCCAGAAAUGUGCGCAGGCUGAAGAACGAGUCGCAUAGCUGUCUGUGUGUAUCCUCCUCCGACUACUUCACUCUCAUCGGCAGCACCGAAGAAUAGCACGAAGGAUAGGCUACACGCGCACUAAACAAAUCCAGACACUUUUCUGUUCAACCAGCCGCUGAAUGCAGAUAGUCCUCAUUCUCCGGCGAGGCCAACCUGACUAAUCAUCCAACGUGUCAAGACACACAAGCUCAUCCUUGCCGCUGCAUCCCCUCGUUCCGGUACCUGUCCAAUGUCUUUCCCCCCCACAGUGUGAUGCGUUAUGGCUCCGGUGCUGAGUGGAGUGUGGUGGGGGCCGGAGGCGGGUGUCGUUGGGUCAGGGGCGGCAGCUGCUACAGGGGUGGCAUCGUGGCUGGGCGGUGGGCAGCUGGUCCUGGUCGUCACCCUCAGCAUCCUCGUCGCCCUGCUGCUGGUCUCUGUGCUGCUGCUGCUGUGUGCUAGCUGCCAGGGGCAGAAGAAGGCGGUCAAUGGACAUGAGAACCUAAUGAAUGGAAUGUCAGAGACGAUUAGCCAAUCAGCAGACAGUCCAACGACAGACGUGGCCGCCAGCAGCUCUCACAAUGGUCCUCUAACCAGCGGUACAAUCCUCACAGACACACAGGAUACCAGUCCCCAUCCGUCAGAGGAGAUGCUCUCCAGCCAAUCAGAGCUCAGGUCCUCCAAGUGCCCUCAGGACCGUGAGCUUCCUAGCAUUCCUCCCAACAACAACCAUAUUGGGGAUAGACCCCCAGCUUCAGGAGACAGCACCUAUGAGGUGGUGAAGGAGAUUGCAGUGGCAUCACGUGACGUCAGCGUUGAAGACUCCCUGUACGAGACCGUCAAGGAACUGAAAGACCACCCCGCACAGCUCGGUCUCCCAAACGGUACCAUCCAUCUGAGCCCAGAUGAACCUCCCCAUCAUCCCCCUGCACUUCUCAACGGCCACCUCAGCCCCUGCACACCUGAGCGGGGCCCUCUGUUCGCAGGAGUGGAGUAUGCCUCAGUUGACCUGAAUAAGAAGAGCCGUCACAGCGCUGACAUGGAAGCCAAAAGGCGCUCUAAUAAUGCCAGCGUUACCUCCCACAAGCCUCUGGAGGAACCAGAGGAAGACUUACCUCCGCCGGUACCAGAGAAGGUUCUGGAUGAAAAUGAUAACACGCCAGUGGUGAUGAAUGGGCUGGCUGGGGCUGGUCUGCACAAUGGAGAGUUACACUCCCCUCUGUCUCCUGCAACAGGGUCCGACAACCACAUUCUGUCAGACAAUGAGUUAGCAUUGUACUCUACAGUCAACAAAACAAACUGUGACGAUGCUCUGAACGAGGACGACAAAGAGCACGACUACAGCAGCAUUGCAGAGAUCAAAGGUCUCGUCACAUCCUCUUCCUCCAGUGACCUCUAUGCCACUGUCCGAGAUAUCUACGCCCAGCCAGACAAGCCCCAGACGGACGAAGACCCCAACUUGGACAGCACGGAUCACUGCUAUGAAACCAUCCGCAUCCCAAAGACUGGUAGCUCGGAUGAUGACCACAGGGCUGGGCCGGGGGCAGAUGGGUCAGACGCUGCCAAGACAGAGCCUGACUAUGAGAGUGUCGGAGAGUUAGGUCUGAGCCGGGAAACAUCCCGCCUCUGACUUUUUCCUGUCAUCGUCUUUAUCUGUGGCGGUUUGGGAGAAGCCUCCUCUCUUAACAUCUGACAGACGCCACUAUAGUGCUGUGAACCCGCUACCAAGCAUGCUUUUGGUGCAUGACUUGGGGAAAAUGGCGCACCACAGCAUCCAUCAUCGAUGCAUGAGUGUCCUCUUUUUGGCUUGGGUACGGUUUAUCAUAUCUGAACAUUUAAUUUAUCAACCACAGUGAAUGUCAUUGGUACUGGUUGGCCUAGUACAAACGAAACUGUAGUACAUCAGUUAUUGGGCAUUAAUCGUGGAUGAGUGCACUUUGAUUCAUCAUUAAAUUCCUCUUUUGUCUUUUUUUUGGCAGUGCGUACCAUGGACACAUUUAACAACGCUUGAUUGUUAAAAAUGAUCAAAUAAAUAAAGUAUCAAAAAAAUAAAAAAUAGGGUUAGCUCAGUACACAAUCUGCGCCUGUUAUAUAAAAAGAUAGUAAGAAUUCCGUGCCGUAAUGAUGAAAUCCAUGCACUUACCAUACAUAUGAAGGAAACCUUGUUUGCAUGCCCCUUCUGCAGCUGCUAGUGACUUUCUAGCUUAUUUUAGGUGACUCAGUGUCAUGUUUUAUUGAGGUGCCAGAUGGUGUAUUUCAAGCUAUUCUUUGUCAGGUUUGGCAGCACCUCCACUGAGUAUUCUCUGCUUGAAAUUCCUGUGAAUAGGUUCUAGGCACAUAAAGCAAAAGCCAGUCUUAUUUUUGGCCAAAUGGUUAGUUGAAACAAUUAGAUAGAUUACGCAACCAAAUAGAAAUGAGGACUUUUUGACUACUACUUACAUACAUAUGUUUUUUUUUAGACUUUUCACUGCAACCAAGCCAAGAGACAAAGUAAGAAAUGUGGUUUCACACAAGCUUAAGGUCACAAAAAAAUUUGUUUUGACGUUUUACAGUCCAUAUCAACAUUAUUUUGUGAAAUUCAUAUUUAUUUGAAGAUGCAUAUUGUUGUGUAAUUGUGAAUGUUAAAGAGUAUGUGUGAAAGAAGAGUAAAUAGGGUUUUCUAGAAGUUUCUAGCAUUUGUAUUAAGAUAUUAAAUGAAAGUGAGUUGAGAAGUAAAGGUACGCUUCCCCCAGACUUGUUUUGGACAGAAUACAUUGUUUAAAAAAAACUAAAACUAAAACAUGAUGAGAAUAUAUUUUCCGUUUUGUCAUUUUGCACGGGUCAAAACAAAUUCAAAAGAGGUGUAAUGUGAUAAAAAUGACACAAACUUGCAUUAUUAAUACAAAUCUAUUGAUUAUUUAUAUAUAUAUUUUUAGUUGUCAUGCUUUUUUGAGCAUAGGCUACUCUUGGUACAGUAUACAGUCUUUAGUUGGCAUCCCCGAUGAAUUUUAAAGCACAAGGUUUAAUAUCAUGGUACUGCAUUUAUAUAUUGCUUAUCCAGCUACAUAUCUGCACAAUUUGAAUAUCUAAUGCUUUUUAACGUACUUGUAGCACUCGAGAAAACCAUAUCUGUCUGUUUGUAGCUUGUACUGACGUCAGCCAGCCAAGGCUUGUACAUACUUGAAGCACUAUUUUAACCAACUGUUUCUUGCUGGAAGUUUUAUGUAAGCUUUAUAUUAUUUGUACAAUGUCCAGAUUGGUAUCAUUUUAAAACAUGUCUGUUAAGAGCACUGAUGUAUGUCUGCCUUGUUUGUAGGAAAACUGAAAACAUGUUGUCAUAUAGCUUUUGAGUUCUGAGAAGAAGUAACCAAUCAAAUGUCAGAAAUAUGGUACAAUGUUUUGGUACAUGCAUUUUAAGAAACCGUGAGUGUGGUACUUGUAUUUAACAAAACAAA